AUGGUUGGUAGCCCUGAGAGCCUGCAGGAGGCAAGCGACUCGGACGGCGGGAGACGGAAAUGUUUGGAAUGGUGGCGGCGAUCGACCCCGACCAUCCCUCCUACCACUAUACCAGGACCCCGACCGAUCUCCUACACUAUACCAGGACCCGACCGACCUCCUACCACUAUACAGGACCCGACCGACCUCCUACCACUAUACAGGACCCGACCGACCUCUACCCUAUACCAGGAACCCGACGACACCUCAACCACUAUACCAGGACCCGACCGACCCUCCUACCAUAUACAGGACCCCGACGACCCUCCACACUAUACCAGGACCCCGACCGACCUCCUACCACUAUACCAGGACCCCGACGACCCUCCUACCACUAUACCAGGACCCGACCGACCUCCUACCACUAUACCAGACCCGACCGACCCUUCCACCACUAUCCCAGGCCCCGACCGACCCUCCUACCACAUACCAGGACCCCGACCGACCUUUCCCUCCCACUAUCCAGGACCCGACCGACCCUCCUACCACUAUACCGGGGACCCCGACCGACCCUCUACCACUAUACCAGGCCCCCGACCACCCUCCUACCACUAUACCAGGACCCCGACCGACCCUCCUACCACUAUACCAGGACCCCGACCGACCCUCCUACCACUAUACCAGGACCCGACCGACCCUCCUACCACUAUACCAGGACCCGACCGACCCUCCUACCACUAUACCAGGACCCCGACCGACCCUCCUACCACUAUACCAGGACCCCGACCACCCUCCUACCACUAUACCAGGACCCCGACCGACCCUCCUACCACUAUAACCAGGACCCGACCGUCCCUCCUACCACUAUACCAGGACCCGACCGACCCUCCUACCACUAUACCAGGACCCCGACCGACCCUCCUACCACUAUACCAGGACCCCGACCAUCCCUCCUACCACUAUACCAGGACCCCGACCAUCCCUCCUACCACUAUACCAGGACCCCGACCGACCCUCCUACCACUAUACCAGGACCCCGACCCACCCUCCUACCACUAUACCAGGACCCCGACCGACCCUCCUACCACUAUACCAGGACCCCGACCAUCCCUCCUACCACUAUACCAGGACCCCGACCAUCCCUCCUACCACUAUACCAGGACCCCGACCAUCCCUCCUACCACUAUACCAGGACCCCGACCGACCCUCCUACCACUAUACAGGACCCGACCGACCCUCCUACCACUAUACCGGGGACCCCGACCGACCCUCCUACCACUAUACCAGGACCCCGACCGACCCUCCUCCCACUAUACCAGGACCCCGACCAUCCUCUACCACUAUACCAGGACCCCGACCAUCCCUCCUACCACUAUACCAGGACCCGACCGACCCUCCUACCACUAUACCAGGACCCCGACCAUCCCUCCUACCACUAUACCAGGACCCCGACCGACCCUCCUACCACUAUACCAGGACCCGACCAUCCCUCCUACCACUAUACCAGGACCCCGACCGACCCUCCUACCACUAUACCAGGACCCGACCGACCCUCCUACCACUAUACCAGGACCCCGACCGAUCCUCCUACCACUAUACCAGGACCCCGACCAUCCCUCCUACCACUAUACCAGGACCCCGACCGACCCCUACCACUAUACCAGGACCCCGACCGACCCUCCUACCACUAUACCAGGACCCCGACCGACCCUCCUACCACUAUACCAGGACCCCGACCAUCCCUCCUACCACUAUACCAGGACCCCGAUCGACCCUCCUACCACUAUACCAGGACCUAAACUACCAGCAUAG